ACAAUGUUAAUGCACCGAGUAGAAACAACGAAAAUCCAAAUCUGCGGUGUGCACAACGCUUCCUUGUUAGGCCGUUCUGCCCGGCAUUCAUACUUGGAAAAGGGGUUCAUUCCAGAGCACCAUGGGACUUCUGUCUGAUCCCACGAGAAGAAGGGCAUUGAUCAGCCUGCUCACUCGCCUCAAUACUCCAAUCUGUGCAGUGUGCUACAUGGCGGGCGUGGCCUGGUUCAUGGGUUUGGCUUUUGAGCCAUUCACCCUGCGCAUGCACAUGUCCGAGAACGCCAUGGGGUCCACCAUGGUGGAGGAGCGCUUUCAGGCCGGGGAGAGGGCGCUGGUCACGGCCAAGGAGUUUGGGGUACAGAAGAACAAAGCAGGUGGGAUGCCGGUCGACUGGCUGGUGAAAGCCAUGCAGGAUCGAGGCCUGGAAGUGUUCACGCAGAGCUUCUCCCGCACACUCCCCUUCCCGGAUGAAAACAAAGAGAGAUUUAUGGUGAAAGGUACAAACGUGUACGGCAUCCUCCGCGCCCCGCGAGCCCCACGGACCGAAGCCCUGAUGCUGACCGCUCCGUGCAGUCAAGGCAAUGACAACAACCAGGCUGUGGGAAUGCUGCUGGUUUUGGCGCAGUACUUCAGAAGUCAGGUGUACUGGGCCAAGGACAUCAUCUUCCUGGUCAAUGAACACGAUCUGAUCGGAAUGCAGGCCUGGCUGGAGGGAUACCACCACACCAAUAUCACAGGGAUGGAGUGGUCUCCUCUCCAAGGUCGCGCCGGUGCCAUCCAGGCGGCGCUGUCCCUGGAGCUCAGCAGUGACGUGGUGACCAGCCUGGACAUCGUGUUAGAGGGGCUGAACGGGCAGCUGCCCAACCUGGACCUCGUCAACCUCUUCUACGCUUUCUGUCAAAAGUUCGAUGUCCUUUGCACAUUCCAGGGCAAGCUGCAGAGGAAUGACUGGGACAGCCCUUCGGGCUACAGCCACGCCGUGCAGACGAUGAUGCUGAUGGUGCUCAAGCAGGCCAGCGGUCACUCUUGGGGCGACCACGGGCUUUUCCUGCGUUAUCAAGUGGAGGCGGUCACCAUCAAAGGCAUCAACAGCUACCGCCAGUACAAGACCACCACCACCACCGUCGGCAGGCUCCUGGAGGGAAUGUAUCGCAAGCUGAACAACCUCUUGGAGCGCCUGCACCAGUCCUUCUUCUUCUACCUCUUGCCCUCGCUGUCCCACUUUGUUUCCAUCAGUUACUACAUGCCAGCCUUUGGCCUUCUCGCCGCCAUCCUGCUGCUGCGCGCUUUGAAUCUGUGGGUUGAACUCUCAGCACCUCCAGCGACAGAAGAUGGCGUCGCCAAUGUGGAGCAGCAGUCCAGUUCUGGCGUGCUGUCUGUGGUGACCCCUUUGGUGAUCAGCCACCUGACCGGCGUGGCUCUCUACACACUGCCCGUCCACUUCCAGGAGAUGGCGGUGGAGCACUUCCCGGUGUCUGAGACCGAGGCCGUGGUGCUGACAGCCAUUGCCGUGUACACGGCUGGCCUGGCUCUGCCUCACAAUACGCACAGAUUUGUGUCUGGCGAAGGGACGGAGCAGGGCUGGAGAGUUCUAAAGCUGGUGGCCGUGCUGUACUUGGCCGUGCUGCUGGGCUGCACCGCCCUCCUCAACUUCUCACUGGGCUUCAUCCUGGCCCUCACGCUGGUGCCCGUGGCUGCCGGCGUCACGCCUCACAUGCCCAAGUUCCCGACGGCCUGCGUCAUGGUGGUCCUCAGCCCGGCCUGCACGCUGCUGUUUUCAGUCUUCGCCUUCCACGAGCUGCAGGAGACGCCGCUGAGCUUCCAGGACACUUGGCUGCUCUUCCUGUCGGUCAUCUCGCAAGGGAUCCUAGAUCACGCAUUGUACGGUGCGCUGGUCUUCCCGCUGCUGGCUAUGUUGGUGUACCCCUGCUGGCUGCUUUUCUGGAACAUCCUCUUCUGGAAGUAAGACCACAGACAAGCCUUCAACAAAGGUAAUCUCAGGUUCUUCUCCCACCAAGGACUGACAGUUACUCCACUGAAGGAAAGACUGUACUUUUUUUCCACUUUGAUUUGGGAAUGGGUGUCAACGUCAGUUGAUUGAUUUUUGCCUUGAAGAAAUUGAGGCAAAAUUUUGUGCACUACUUGGCUACAACCAGAUUUGGUCUGAAUAAGCAGUUUUCUGUUUGAAUGUUUUUUUUAAAGGGAAGAUAUUCAUGGGGAAAUAAUUUGAUUUUUGCCCAUUUAUUCUCCCCUUAGCCAUUCAAGGAAAUGUAUUUGAGUGCCCAUCCCUAAAUUGUAGUAAUAAUUCCAUGUUGAUGGGCUGAUCUCCAACACUGUAUUUAUGACAAAAAAAA